AUGGUAGAAGAAGCUCUUGAUAUUGAAGAUAAUAAUAAUGAAGAAGAAAUGAAUAUUAAUUGUACAAAUACAUCAAAUAUCAUGAUUGAAAAUAGUCGACUAGAUAAUGAUGAUGAAGCAGCAACUUCAACAUCAAAUGGAUUAUCUAACAUACCAAAUAAUGAAUCUACAGGACGUAUACAAAGUAAAUUGAAUUGGUUUUAUUUAAGUACAUAUGUGUCGUUUUUGUUGAUAGCAACGAUUGAUGCAUAUUUUCCAUCAACUAAUAAUUCGUUUGAACAAAUUAAUAGUCUUAAUGAAAAUACAUUUCGCAUUCGUUGUCAAAUUGUUAAUAUAAAUCCAAUACGGCAUUUUGGUAGUAAUAAUAAAGUAUUUGAUGGAAUAAUCUGCGAUCAGGAUGGUGAAAUUAAAGUUGUUGCUUUUAAUGAAGAAAAAAUAAUAAUUGAAAAUGGACAAGUACAAAAAGCACAUGAACGAUAUCGAACACCAUAUUCUAUGUACGAAAUUCGAUUAGUUCGAAAUACUGUUAUCGAAUUUUAUGAAUAUAUGGGUUUUAAUCCAAGAAUAAAAAUUAUGAGAAAAGAAAUUGCAAAUGGUUCUCAAAUGAUGCAUGGUAGACUUAUUGGUAAGUUAUCGGGUUUUAAAUGCCUUCAUAAAUAA